AUGCCGUUGAAGAAGUCCCGAAAGAUUGCUGUGGUGGGUUUCAGAGCUGUUGGUAAGUCAGCCGUGACGAUCCAAUUCUCGGAGAACCAUUUCGCAGAGGCGUACAACCCCACAAUCGAAAACACCUUCCACAAGACUCUCAAGCACAAGGGCACCGAAUACGAGCUCGAGAUUAUCGAUACCGCUGGUCAGGACGAGCAGUCGAUCAUGCCCUUCCGAGGCACUAUUGGGAUUGACGGCUACGUGAUGGUGUACUCGGUGGCCUCGCGCACGUCAAUGGAAACGGUGAAGGUGCUCAACGAGAAGAUCAUCAACGAGAGCGGCACGGCCACCGUGCCACGAGUGCUGGUGGGCAACAAGAGCGACCUCCACAACGACCGCAGCAUCUCCGUCGAGGAGGGCAAGCGCACUGCCGAGGAGCUCAACUGCGCCUUCAUCGAGUGCUCUGCCAAGCACAACGAAAACAUUUCCCAGGUAUUCAUCACAAUUUUGGAGGAGAUCGAGAAGCUCACGGCGCCACAGGAGCCUGUGCAAGAGAGCAAGUGUAUUCUCUGUUGA